AUGGCCCCUUCGGUGUCCCAAGUAGCUCCGUGGGUGAGUGGAUCCUCUGGUUCUCGAAGAAGCAGGUGGAGGUGUGAAAGGCACACUUGCUGUCUGAUCCCGGAAGCUUCUAGUCCGCGGGAAGUAGACGACGUGCGUGGUGGCCGCAGUAGCCACGCACCGGCGAAUUCGCGGGUGCGUCCUGAUGGCAGUGCGUGCUGUGAAGAGACUGCGACCGUGUGCGGGUGUGCAGCGGGCUGUGGGACAGCUGAACCAUGCCGUCCGUGCUGUAAGCAGGCCCCGCGGCCGCGAGGAACGCAAGCAAAAGCUGUAAGGUGCCCGAGAGACAGUCAAGCGAAGCUGCCUCGGCAGAGGGAGGGGGCGGCUUUCGAAGAAGGGCCCAGACACUGGGUCAGGAAGAACGUCGCAUUUAGGACAAGGGCACAGGAGGCCAGGCCAGCGACGGAGGCGGAGAAGGAGCAGCUGAAAAGCUUUGCCCUUUGGCUGGCUCUCCUUACAGUCACACGACAGCUGCUGCAGUUCCCAGCAUCUCGUGCACAGAUGACAAUGCCAAGAGGAAGGGAAGAGACUGUUUCUUACUAUGCCUUUGCUUUUAAGAGCAGAAACAGUUUUCCCAGAAUUCCUCCAGCUGGCUCCCCUUCCAAUCUCGUUGACCAGAACUGGCCCUCAGGCCCCUCUCCUCAGUCAUUUACUGCCAGGGGUCAGGCUCACCAUGUAACAGGGACAAUAAAUCCCUCACCGAGGAUGGCCUCGUCCCUGUGCAAGCCGGAGCAGAGCUUGUCUGGAUCAGAAACCACGGCGCAUUGCAGUCACCUGGCGGGGUUUACGUGCGCCAGCUGGGGCCCAGCCUACCUAAUUAGGACCAGAGAGUGGUCGCGAAGGGACCGGCGCGUAUUCUAGGUGCCCUCCUCCAGUGUCUGUUUCUAAUAACAGCAGCAAGUAGCAGAGGCGGCAGGGUGAGCACAGUGACAUCACCCCCCAGCUGUUUUACACAUCUGUAACAUGGCUCAUUAGGACUCUCUUAACACCUCAUCCUUCCCUGCUCCGGACGGCUCCAGUUGCGUGAGAAAGGGUGCUCUUGCGUGCAAGGGGCCCUGGAGAUCGCCGCACCGAUUUCAGGGUCAAAGAGUAGCUUGGGCAUUCUACCAGUAAUCAGACUUUUCACAAGGACAUCCCCAUUAGCACACGCUCCUUGAAAGUGCUAAUGGCUUCAGUAUGAGGCUGGCACUUGUGCACGAUCGACGCCGUUCAGGGCCAACUUUGUACCGGGGAGCAGAUCAUUUGCAGCAGCUGCAGAAAUGUUUUUGCUUAUUUUGAGCAUUCUAAGUUUUUCCGAGCCAUGAAUAACAACAAUCGAAUAAAUCAUCACACAGUUUGUAGAGAAGGGUUGUUUUUCCAACCAGAACAACAAAAAAAGAUGGCUUAUCAUGCGCUGUGGAUAUUACACAGAAAAAAAUUCCACCGUAUUUACAUGCAGCGGUUAACUACAUAGAUUUAGAUAUUUGAAGUCUGUAUGAGAAAAGCUUCCCAGAUUUCACUGGGAAGCUUAAAUUACUAAACGAAAACAUGAAAGUUUUAUUACUAGUAAGUAUAAUGCAUAUCCUGAAAUGAAAGAUAUGUGAUAUUUUACAAAAUGAAAGAAAAAAUAGACUGCCUCAUGGAAAACAGUGGAGUCCCUGAGCUUAGAGACCUUGGUUUGGGUUCUACAACUUACUACAGGGUAGGGUGGGGGCACGGGGUUCAUUUUACUUCUUUAAAUUUCCUCAUCUUCAAAUGCGGAUGAUAUGCCUCCUGGGUUUUUUUGAGGGGAUUAAAAUUAUAAGUAUGGGGGUGCUUGGG